UUCUCAGCAGUUGGAAAAUUAACAUUUCCGAGGUGUGUAUGAACGCAGCAUGACGCCGCCUGUGGUGGCUCAUUACAUUAUCUGGCAACCGGAGUGGCAGCGGACAGAAGAGAGGGGAUCCCCGGGAUUUUUAUACUGAAGCCAGCUAAAUACUAACAUCAAACAUCGGAAAAUCGCGGGGGAACUCGGUCAAGCUCCUCCUAGACUUCGGUGAGAGCAGCCAUGUCAGAGGAGGCAGUGCGUCAAACGCGCAGCCAAAAGCGGGCUCUGGAGAAGGACCAUGCAGCUCCUGCGGAGACCCUGGAGGACAUGGACAAUAAACGGGUUAAGCUGGAGAAAAGUGAUGCCGCUGGGGUUCCCCUGGCCCUGGUGCGAUCUGGAGCCGAGGGCGUCAAGCUGAAGAGCGAGCAGGCUGUAAAGGUAGCAGCCAGCAUCCUAAAAGCUGGGGAAGUGAAGGCUACCAUCAAGGUGGAGGUGCAGACUGGAGACGAGCCUGUUGAUAUGAGCACAUCCAAAAGUGACAUUAAGAAUGAGCGGCAGCCAUCAUCGCCCGAUGAUGUGAUUGUGUUGUCCGACAAUGAGCCAGCCAGCCCUCUCAUGAAUGGUCACUGCUUCACGAAGACUGACACAGAUAAACUAAUGAAGAGUUCUCCUGAGGAGAGGGAGCGCAUCAUUAAACAGCUGAAGGAGGAACUGAGACUCCAAGAGGCCAAGCUGGUGCUGCUUAAGAAACUACGACAGAGCCAGAUUCAGAAGGAGAGCGCUGUGCAGAAGGCGACUGGCUCUGUAGCCACUCCUCCUCCUCUGGUGAGAGGUAGCAUCACAUCAAGCAAAGGACCCCUCCAGGUGACGGGUCGAAGCUCAGGCACUGUGAUCCCUCCUCCUUUGGUGCGGGGUGGGCAACACAUGCCGUCCAAACACAACUCUCAGAUUGUCAUGCCCCCCCUGGUCAGAGGGGCCCAGCCUAUCGCAGUGACUCCCCAGCAGAUAGCCAGUCUACGCCAGCAUCAGCAUCAGCACAGCGGUUCAGGCCCCCCUCCACUCUUGCUGGCUCCCAGGGCUUCUGUGCCCAAUGUCCAGGUCCAGGGCCAGAGGAUCAUUCAGCAGGGACUCAUUCGGGUGGCUAAUGUGGCCAACAGUAAUGUCAUGGUCAACAUCCCUCAGGCCUCUCCUACCAGCCUAAAAGGCUCAUCAGUGUCACCCAACUCUAGCAUCAAUGACUCUCCAGCCAGCCGGCAGGCGGCUGCCAAGUUGGCACUGCGCAAGCAGUUGGAGAAAACGCUGCUGGAGAUCCCUCCACCUAAACCACCGGCCCCUGAGUUCAACUUCCUGCCAUCAGCAGCCAAUAAUGAGUUCAUCUACUUGUUGGGGCUGGAGGAGGUGGUGCAAAAACUUUUGGAGAUGCACGGCAGAGGUAAUCUGGGCCCAGCUGCCGCCAUUGCCAGCUCCAUUCCCAAAGAGCCAUACACUUGUGCCCAGUGUAAGACAGACUUCACCUCCCGCUGGAGAAAGGAGAAGGUUGGGACCAUCCUUUGUGACCAAUGCAUGUCGUCCAAUCAGAAGAAGGCCCUGAAGGCUGAGCACACCAGCCGGCUGAAGGCAGCCUUUGUCAAGGCACUCCAACAGGAGCAGGAGAUUGAGCAGCGCAUCCUCCAGCAGGCGACUUCCUCUUCCUCAGUCUCUAAAACCACCUCCUCUCCUUCAAUGUCCAAGAGUGAGGUGCUGGUGUCCCAACAGUACAAGCAUGUCCGGGCUGCCAUGCAGCACAGACCUGUGUCUGCACACCACUCCAUUAAGCAGGGCCAUCUGUCACACAGCAUCCAGUCAAUGGGCUCUCGUGGCGUGACCCACUCAUUCACUUCCUCCUCUCAGCUGCAGAGCGCGAUGGCGGCAGCGGCGCUGGGCAACAGGGCAGGUAAGCAUGCUGCAGCACGCCCGCUGCAGCAUGGGGCAAAGGUCAGCGCCGGCAGCAGUAACCAGGGAGCCGUGUCUGCCUGGAGGAAGCAGAGCGGUGGCAACACAGGUGUGACUAUGGCCUAUGUGAACCCCAGCCUGUCUACCCAUAAGACCACCUCUGCUGUCGAGCGUCAGCGAGAGUACCUGCUGGACAUGAUUCCCUCCCGCUCUAUCUCCCAAGCAGCCAACACAUGGAAAUAAUGCAAUUUUACAUCCUACUGACAUCACAACUAUUACCCCUCUUAUUAUCAAUAACAGCCAUUUUCAUGAUCAUUCUAAUCCUUUCUAUGGACUCUACCUCUGGCCAAAAUGAUGCCGGAGAGAAUCAGCCUAGUUUUGUGUCUGACCGAGGUGUUCUUCAGCUCCUCCUCAGAUAUUUCUCCUACCAUCUUCUUUACCUGAAUCCUUCAACCCAAAGUGGUGUUGUGCUGCGACAGCUUGGGCUUCUGACAUACCUUUUUUUGAGGGCCGGGGUUUACAUAGACACGUACAAUUUUACAAACUUCUCCAGCGAUGUUGCUUCUCCCUCCCUGUAUAUUGGUUGAACCUCUCUGUUGCACCAAGAGGAAUAAUCCCCGAGCUCGCCUGCCUCUGGAUUAGGCUGGGAAAGAAAAGAAAAAAAUCACUAUUACAUUGAAAUCUUCGCCUUACGUCCUAGCCCUCUCCAGUCUGAGCCAGUCAGACUCCGGCCCAUGUGGUGGCCCAACAGGACUUAACUGAAGACCUCGUCACAGGGAUUGUGGUUGAAGCUAGAGGACCAUCCAUGAAAUAAUAACUGCUUCGGCUUUGCAAAAAUGAUUAAAAAUCAACAUGAAAAAAAGGACUAAAAAUGAUCGGUCUGCACACAGACUUCCUCUUCUCUCUAACCCACAGCGUAAAAUAGUAGAGAAGUGGAUGUGUGUUGGAUUGUUUUGUAUGGCUGAAUGUUAGGAUUUUGUCUCUUCAUCUGUAAGUCAUAUACUGUGUUUGGAAUAUUGUGCUCCCUGAUAUUUUGGAAGCGGCCUCUUGUCGAGGUCUGAAUUUACAGACUAAUGUUACUGUUGAGGUGGUUUUACAUCUGCUGGGUUCCGUGUUGCGGCCUACUUUUAAAUACUUUGGUUUUUCUAAGAUGAAGAAUGAAGAUUAAGGUUUUCACUAACUCAUGUAAAGACACGGAGCAUAUGUUUGGAGGACUAUUGGUAUUGAAUAUUGUAAAAAAAGAGGACAAAAAAACAACUUCCAAAGAACUAGUGGAGCCCAAAUGGUAUCCCUUCUGCUAGAAGGUGUCUAGUUUAUUUGAACCCUCUCUGGAUAUUAACAUGAAUUCAUGCUAGACUGAGGGGGUGUAAGGAAUGUCAUAAUUUUGACAUUGUUUUGCUUUUAGUCAUAGGUUGUGGUGCAUUAUUUUUCUUCUCUAGACAAACUGUCUCUGGGUUUAUUUAUGGGGUCAUGUUAGUAAAGAUAUAUGCUUAUGCCCUAAGUUUGAAUGGAUCUCCACUUAAAAAGAUUUGUUUUCUCUCUUGUGUCCAGUGGGUCCCACACGAUUGGUCUUAGAGAAGCUGGACAGCUUUCAGAAUGUAGUUAUGCAAAAAAAACUAUAGCAACAAACAACAUGAACUUCUUAGUCUUUAACAUUAUGGUGUGUAUGAUUUAUGCAGGGUCCCUUGAAUUGAGCUAACUAUGCCUUUCACAUGAGCUAAAGUUUUAUCAGGUUGCAGCAGCACAGGAUAAGCUAGUGAAGUACAGUAUGUCCUACAUUAAACAAGGAGAUUCCCAUAUUGCUCAUGGAGUGGACUUAUUUUAUUAACCAUGUGCUGUUUUAAUUUCAGUAACUGGGAUGGUCCACUUUCUUUAACUCCGCAAUGGCUUUACGCAGACAUUUUUGUGUCACUAAGUUAAAGAUUAAAAUAUUGAUGUGUUGAAUUUAAGCAGUAACAUCAGGGUGAAAUGUUAUUGUAAAAUUUUUUAAAAUCUGGAUGUUUAACAAGCAAUAUGUGUUUAAAAAGACAAAAAAACAAAAAACAAAUGCAGCUGACAAAAGAGGCUGACCAUCCGACUGGUUGUUUUCUCAAUAUCCUGUGUCCUGUCCAUUUAAAAAAA